AUGUCGUCGAGUUUUGAUUUCGGGAAGCUUUUUGGAAGGGGCGACCCCUCGAAAAAAACCGAUGCUGUAUUGAAGUACAACGAGAGAAGAUUUUACCAAAUGGCUACAUUUUAUGGAUUCACUCUUGCCACAUAUAUUGCUUCAAAGAUUGCAUAUAGAGGAGUAAUAAAGAGAAGAUAUAACCCAACUUUUUAUCAACACAAUCAUGUUCCUCCUAAGUUCAGUUUUUACAAAGAUGCAAUGGUAGCGGUUACCCACGCAAGUUUAUUGGCCACCACCUCUCUCGGCAUGCUUGCCUCUGGUGCCUUCUGGUACUUUGACAUAUCCAGUUUGAAAGAAUUCACUUACAGAAUGAAGAUAUUUCUAGGAGGCUACGAUGCCGAAAAGGCAUUGAAAGCCAUGCCAGAAGAUGAGGAGACCAAACAAAUCACAGAUUCUUUGGACAGCAUAUUAAACGGUAACCUGCUUGAUGCUUUUGAUGACAGGGAAACAAAGGAAGAUUCUGCAUCCUCAAAAUAG